GUAACCUAUAAAACAAUUGACUGUCAUUGUAAUAUUCAUCCAAAUUUUUCAAAGUAAUGAACUCUCCAUAAAGCUUAGUUUUCAUUGCAUGUAUGAAUAAGUUUUAGCUGUACAUCUGAAUUGAGAGUGGAAGGCAAGGCAUUCUCUGAGUAAUAAAAAAUGAGUAGCGAGUACAGAGAAGAAGAUAUUGAGUUUGUUCUCCAGCGAAUUAGGGACAUUAGCAACGAUCCACGCACUUACCUUGACAACAUUCCAGACAGCUCAAUAAUUCAUCUAGCACGACAACUUAAUGACACACUGAAUGAAAUUGAUUUGUUACCAGACAGGGAUGAUUUGGGCGAGCCCUUUGACACAGUUUACAACAGUUUUAGAGAUUUAACUCAACAGGUUGGCCGCAUAAUUCAAGAAUCUCGCAACUUGCCAGCUGAUAGAGAGGAUGUGGAGAGGUUAACUCAAAUAAUAAUCUCAGCCAGUCAUGUUAACGCAGAAUCUGUGUGUUCGAUUUGCACCGAGCUUUUUCAAGUGGGAGAAAAUGCCCGGCAGAUGCCUUGUCAUGAAGCUCACAUAUUCCAUACGGGCUGCCUUCUUCCAUGGCUGGAAAGGCGUAAUUCUUGUCCCAUCUGCAGAACUCGCUUACUCAGAUUGACAACUGCUACUUCGACAUUGUGAGAAUGAGGAAUUAGUUAGAUCCACAAGAUCUACUAAUGGCUAGCUUCCUCUGAUGUUUAACAUUUUUAAUUUUUUAAUUAGCUCAUACCUGUAGGGGGUUUAUAAUGCAUUUGUUAGAUGGAAUGUAAUAUCAUCUAUGUAUCAAAGAUGAUAAAUUCGUAGAACAUUUUAUACAUCCAUUCAUAUAUAUGUGUGUGAUUUUUUUUU